CGGACAUAUGCGCAAGGUCCUCCAAGUGGCUCUGGUGGCGGUUUCCCGUCUUUUACAAUGCAACCUCAACACCAAAAGGGAGACGCGCUGAAGGAAUACAGUGUUGAUCUAACUGAACUGGCACGGAACGGCAAACUUGACCCCACAAUUGGCCGAGAUGAAGAAAUUCGCCGUACAAUACAGAUUCUGUCCCGUAGGACGAAAUCCAACCCAGUACUCAUCGGGCCCCCCGGUGUCGGCAAAACUGCUAUCCUCGAGGGUCUUGCGAGUCGUAUUGUCGCGAAGGAAGUACCAGAGUCCUUGCAGAACAAGCGCGUCCUCUCGAUAGACUUGUCCGCAAUCAUGGCAGGCUCAGGUAUUCGCGGACAGUUUGAGGAGAAGUUUAAGGCCCUCAUUCGUGACAUCGAGGAACAGGCCGGCAAUGUAAUUUGCUUCAUUGACGAAGUCCACACGCUGUUCAACCUGGGUAAGGCGGAGGGCAGCAUCGACGCUGGGCAGAUGAUUAAGCCUGCAUUGGCGCGCGGUCUGCAGCUUGUUGGCGCAACAACACCCGAUGAGUACCGCAAGACCAUCGGCAAGGACGCCGCACUCGAACGUCGCUUCCAGCCCGUACAAAUCGAAGAGCCUACCGUCGAUGCGACCAUUUCAAUCUUGCGGGGACUGAAGCCGCGCUACGAGGUGCAUCACGGUGUAGGCAUCUCCGAUGGUGCGCUUGUCACUGCGGCCGUGUACAGCGCGCGCUACAUCUCCGAGCGUUUCUUGCCGGACAAGGCGAUCGAUUUGGUAGACGAGGCAGCGUCAGCCUUGCGGCUCGCGCAGGAGUCAAAGCCCGACGAGCUCGAGGCGCUCGACCGCGAGAUCAUGACGCUCGAGAUCGAGCGCGAGAGUCUGCGGAACGAACAGGAUGUGUUCAGCGUCGAGCGGCGCAACAAAGUAGAGGAGACGUUAAAAGCGAAGCGCGAGGAGGCGGAGCGCCUGACAGCGGCCUGGCAAUCAGAGCGAGCGCGGCUGCAGCGCAUCAAGGAUCUGAAGCAGCGCCUUGAGGAGGCGAAGGUUGAGCUCGAGAUCGCACAGCGGCAGGGUCAGUAUGAGCGUGCGUCGCAGCUGCGCUUUGCAACUAUACCCGAGCUCCAACGGCAGUUGCCCGCGGAGACGGAGCGCGCACAGGGCGAGAGCGAAGCACAGGGCCCUCUGCCGAUGCUGCACGACCGCGUGACGUCGGACGACAUCGCGCGCGUUGUUGCGAAGGCGACAGGCAUCCCUGUACAGAACUUGCUCAAGGGCGAGCGAGAUAAGCUCGUGCAUAUGGAGGAGACGCUCCGCCAGCGUGUUGUCGGGCAAGACCACGUCGUCGCUGCUGUCAGCGAUGCUGUGAGAAUCUCGCGUGCGGGACUGCAAGCACCCAACCGGCCUGUGGCAUCCUUCCUGUUCCUUGGACCAACUGGCGUAGGCAAGACGGAGCUGUGCAAAGCUUUAUCGGCAUUCUUGUUCAAUGACGAGCAGCGUGGAUUGAUUACUAUCAACAUGUCUGAAUAUCACGACCGUCACACGAUGUCUCGCUUAAUAGGUGCUGCUCCAGGCUACGUCGGUUUCGAGGAAGGAGGGGCUGAUACCGGAUUGACUCAUAACACGCUAUUAGCUGUCAUUCUUCUUGACGAGCUUGAGAAGGCGCACAAGGAUGUCGCGAUGCUUUUACUGCAAAUUCUUGAUGAGGGCAGCAUCACCGACUCGCAAGGUCGCAAAGUUGACUUUAAGAACACCAUUAUCUGCUUAACCAGCAACCUGGGUAGCGACAUCCUUGCGCAUAGCUCUGCGUCAGACGAGAAUGGCAUAGUGACGACAGAAGCACGCGACGAGGUGCUAGAGCGCACAGCAGAAUAUUUCCCCCCAGAGCUACUGAACCGUCUGGACUCGAUGCUCGUCUUCAACAAGCUCUCGCGCGAGUCCAUCCUUCAGGUCGUGUCGCUGCGCCUCAACGAUGUCGCGGAUAGAUUGAGCAGCAGGAGGAUUCAACUCGAUGUGGACGAUGCGGCGCGUGAAUGGCUUGCUCGACAGGGCUAUUCUGACAUUUAUGGUGCACGCGCUAUCGCACGAGUUGUGCGGACAAAGGUGCUCUUCCCUCUCGCGCAGAAGCUGUUAGCGGGAACCAUCAGGGACGGUGACCUUGUCACUAUUCGAGCCAGCAAUGACGGGUCAACACUAGAUAUCAAGGAUAACCAUUCACCGGACGCGGACAUUGGGUCAUCGACAGCAGUAGGACCACUCACCGACAGCGAAUCUUCCGCGUCAUCCUAAAGAAUCCUUAAGGCCAAAAGUUAACACUACUCAGUCGCGCACAUUGUACCUGUAAUAUAUUCUAAUCUGCACAGGAUACUGACGCAGAAAACUGUACAUCAUCUAGUCAUAUCUAACCCCCACUCCGUGGAUGCAUGUAGCCCUAACAACUUCACGUAAAAUAUCGCAUAAUAGCAUAGAACAUGGAAAUAUAUCGCAGCACUGGCAA